CAGGGUUUAGAGGCACUGUAGACCGUAGUGUUCUCAAAAUAAUUUCAAUUCGGAUUUCAAGUUCUUAUUCUGAGGUUUUGGGUUUUGCUGCUUUUGCAACUAGCUCAGUGAUGGCGGCAGCGUCCGUCUCUCCCCACAUUGUAGCAGACUUCUCGUUUCGAUUUUCAUUAAUCAGUUCCCAGUCCUGAGCGAUUCAGGAUUUUCUAGGAGCAUGACCUCCAUUUUGCCAACUUCUACGUCAAACUCAACGGUCUUUUCCUCCGCCAAUCCCAUUCAAUGCCUCUACUUUCCCUCCGAUCUUCCAUUUCGGAGGAAACUAUUUCCCCCACCUGUCAGCUGCCCUAUUUUUCUCCGCAGGAUUAUAUUUCCCAAGAACCCACCUCGUUUGCAUUCUUCCACUGUUCAUAAUGCUACCACUUCAUCCCCCGACGAUGACGAUUCCCACAUCGAGGAAGCCCUAGAUGCUGUUUCAAUGAUUCUUCAAGAGUCUGGGCUUUCAAAGCAGGCAUCGAUUGAAAUCGCUUCCAAAUGCCCAAAAUAUGUGAAGAUGUUGAUGGACAGUGUUCACGAUUUGGACGAACUUUCUCUGUGGAGUCCAUGGAGGAGUAAGGGCGAAACAAAAGAAGAAGAGGAAUCUGAUGGUCUCCUCUCUUUUAGGAAGAAGGUGUAUUACAUGGCGAAGGAAAAGGGUGAUAAGGGUGUGCUUCCUUACUUGGAGAGCAUUGGAUUGAGUUUAUCUUCAUCCAUGCAUGUUGCACGGUAUAUUUCCUCGGAGACACUGCCGAGUCUUAUCUGUAAGGUUAAUUAUAUGAAGGAAAUCUUCUUUUCUGGCAGUGAUGACGGAGGUUUCAUUGGGCGCAAUGCUCGUUGUAUGAUGAUGCACCUGUCUAUCCCUAUUGAUGAGGAUGUGCAGCAAACUUUAUCAUUCUUUGAAAAGAUGGAAGCAAGACGUGGAGGUUUGGAUAUGUUGGUUUCUGAGGAUGCCACUUUCAGAUAUUUGAUUGAAUCAUUUCCACGUCUUCUUAAGCUAUCGCUGGAAUCCCAUAUGAAACCUAUGGUGGAGUUUCUUGAAAAUAUUGGAGUCUGUAGAGGAAGCAUGAGAAAUGUACUUUUAUUAUUCCCACCAAUAUUUUUCUAUGAUAUAGAAGCAGGCAUUAAACUGAGAUUGCAUGCAUUUGGAAAGGUUGGUGCUGUGAAUAAAGAUCUUGGCAGGAUGCUAGUAAAGUACCCCUGGAUUAUUUCAACAAGUAUUCAAGAAAACUAUGAGGAGAUCCUUGCUUUCUUUGAUGUUCAGAAGGUACCAAAAGUCAGUGUGAGUCGUGCAAUUAAAAGCUGGCCGCUCUUUUUAGGUUCUUCAACUAGCAAGCUGAACUUGAUGUUGGAACAGUUUGCUGAAUUAGGCAUUCGAAACAAGAUGGGUCAGGUCAUCGCUACUAGUCCUCAGCUACUGCUACGGAAACCACAUGAAUUUCUCAAGGUAGUUUCAUUUAUGGAAGACCUUGGACUUGAUAGAGAAACUGUGGGGAGGAUACUUGGUCGCUGUCCCGAAAUUUUUGCUACCAACAUUGAGAAAACCCUCAGGAAGAAACUUGAAUUUCUUACUCGUAUUGGUGUGUCUGAAGAUCACUUUCCUCGGGUUAUUAGAAAGUAUCCGGAACUUUUUGUUUCUGAUGUUGACAGGAGCUUACAUCCUCGAAUGAACUAUUUACUGGAGGCUGGUCUUUCAAAGAGGGAUAUUGCAUUCAUGGUUCGUAGAUUUUCUCCUUUACUAGGGUACAGCAUUGACGAGGUUUUUAGACCAAAGCUGGAAUUCCUUGUGAAUACCAUGGAGAAGCCGGUGAGGGAGCUGGUGGACUAUCCUAGGUAUUUCAGCUACUCAUUGGAAAAGAAGAUCAUGCCCAGAUUCUGGGUGCUAAAAGGAAGGAAUAUUGAUUGUAGUUUAAAAGAAAUGCUGAGUAAAAAUGAUGAGGAAUUUGCUGCUGAAUUUAUGGGUGUUGGAAGGAUGCUUGUUCCACCUGCUUAACCUUUUCAUCAGUGAAUAGUCUCGUGUCUUUUGCACGUGCUUAUUGUGUGUAGAUAUUAUGUCACUUUAAAGGGAGCUUUGGUCGGGGAUGGGUAAGCGGCAUGAAAUGGUAGCAUUCUUGACACAAUAUGAAGCGAGAAAAGAAAAUAUAGAAAAUAUUUUGAGCCAGAA